CAUACAGACACACGCCCACUCAUCUAACUUCUCCAAGUGACUGAUUUAGACUGCAUAGACAGGAAGUAAGACUGACAAUGUACCUAAGGUCAGUCCGCAAUUCUCAGCAAUGCAUCUCAUUCAAACAGUUUAAAAGCAAAGGGGAAUCAAGGGAAACUGAAGAAAGCGAGAGGGAGGAGAGAAAAACCAGAUAAAGGCCAGCUGAAGAACCAUGGAGGAGGACAUCAGGAGAAAAGGGACGCUUUAUUUUCAUCAGCAGCGCUUCGGCAAGCGAUGGAAGAAGGUGUGGUGUGUGGUGGCAGCCGAGGGCAGACGCAGCAUCGCACGGCUGGAGGUGUACGAGCACAAAUACUCCUCCAUCAAACAGGGCUCCAACAAACGCAAACCCGACUACAAACAGGUGAUCCGGCUGCGAGAAUGCAUCCGUAUAUCAGAGAACGAGAUGGCUGACUGCCCCAAAGACUGCGCCGCCUUUCUUCUCGAGACCUCAGACAAACUUUACGUCUUCGCUGCCCUCCAUUCAGAGGUGAAGGGCUGGAUCAGGAGUCUGUGCGAGCUGGCGUUCCCUAACAUCGAGGCUGAACAAAGAAUACAGAGAGAGAGUUGCUACUAUUCUGAACCUGUAAGCAGAGAAAUGCAGGAAAACUCAAUCUAUGACACGGCAGAGAGCGUUCGAGAUUUUCUGGUUAUAGCAGUGGGCACAGAGGCUGCCAUUCGGUGCAAUCUGUAUGGGGACUAUAUCCUUACUCCCCUGCCAGACUGCUUAAUCCUGAAGGACGUUAAAACUAAGAAGGAGCUUUUCAAAUGGCCAUACUGUUAUGUAAGAAAGUUUGGACAAGACACGCUGUCUUUUUCCUUUGAGGCUGGUCGCAGAUGUGAGUCCGGCGAGGGAAAUUUCGAGUUUGCAACCCAUCAGGGUGAAAGACUGUUCAAUGUUGUCAGUGCAGCCAUCCAGAAUCUACCCAGACCCUCCACAGCAAAGUCGAACAGCCUUGACCAUGCAGAACAAAGUAGAGUUCAAGAAACCGUGGCCACGGAUGAAACAUAUGACGACGCCAUAGUGAGUCAAUCGUCUGACUUUUUACCUGAGGCCAAGAUGCAGAGAGCACUUCAGAAACCAUCAAAAAUGCUCAACCCUGCUUGGAGGAGCUUUUCUUUGAAUGCAAUAGAGCUACAAAGCGAAAGUCAAGUGACGAGCAUUGACACCGACUUUGAGAAUAAGGAAGUAGUCUACGCUACAGUGUCAAAAGCUCAGCCAAAAGCCACUUCCCCUACAGACUCUAAAAUGCACUGGCAAAACCUGAAAAAAGCUCUCCAGCAGUCUACAUUUCUCCAAGACUCUUUCAAGACCAACGCUGACAUUUCGCAGUUGUCUGAUUUCGCAAUUUCCCGGGAAAAGGAUGCACAUGAAAAGAUGAUGACCGCAGAAGAUUUGACUGACUUGUUGGGUGAUUCCAUCCAGCAAUUAGCAAUUAAUGAUGCAUUACAGAACAUCAGUGCAGAACCAAUUUAUGCAGAUCCACAGGACGUCCAAGCCAGAGCUGAGUGGGUUGUCAGUCCUGAGUACGAUGAACCAGAGGAGGUCAUCGAGGCUAAUCAAAGAGCUCAUGAUGGGGCAGACCACCUAGACGAGCAUGACUUCUUCUACAGCCCACAGGCCAUGGCUGCCCCCUCCAACCCCAUGCAAAAUCCAGAUGAUAUGUAUUCAACUUAUGACAAUUUGAAUUUGAAGGGGAGGCAAAUGUAACAUGGCAUUUCUUAGUAAAAACCAAGGGAGGUAAUUAAUAAGAAUUGUGCCUGCUGAAUAUACACUAUAUGGACAAAGGUUUUGGAACAGUUAUCUUAAUUAUUGAAUUCAGGUUUAUCAGUCAGACCCAUUGCCACAGGUGUAUAAAAUCAAGCACCUAGCCACGCAGUCUGCAUUUACAAACAUUUGUGAAAAAAAAUGGAUCGUUCUGAAGAGCUCCAUGAAUUCAAGCGUGGUAAUGUGAUAGGAUUCAACCUACGCAAUAAGUCAUUUCAUGAAAUUUUAUCUCUGCUAAAUAUUCCACGGUCAAUAUUAUUGUAAAGUGGAAGCAUUUAGGAACAGCAGCAACUAACAGAGUGGAGACCAUGUAAAUUCACAGAGUGGGGUCACCGAGUGCUGAAGCACAUGGUGCAUAAAAGUCGCCAACGUUUCGCUGAUUCCAUAGCUGAAGAGUUCCAAACUGCCACUGGCAUUAACUCUUUUUUGAUGGAAUUUUAUGUAAUUUAUAAGACAACGCUUCCCCACCAUUGACGGAAUUUUCCGGCAAUCCAUGUUUUCACUGUUAUAUGGUAGGGGGCGCUAUUACACAUCUUUAGAAAGAGUACAGAAUAUCUGUAUCAAAACACAGGCAAAAAAGAAGCAGAAACAAGCGAUAAAACCAUUGCUUAUGCAUGUUGUAGUCUUUGACAAAAACAGGAUUUUUCCAGCUUUUUGUUCAGAAUGUUGGGGGGUUAAAUGCAGAGGCUCUGUUCAUUCUUUUGAUAUAUUACAUGUUCAGAUACUCUUACAACAAAAUAUUCUGAGAGCCAUGAAGUUUUUUUUUGAAAAUGAUCAAAAAUGCUGGCGGUGACUGGCAACUUCUAAAAAAAAAAAAAAAAAAAAAAAAAAUAUGCUGGAGGGGAAAGAGUUAAUAUCAGCACAAAAACUGUGAGCUUCAUAGAAUGGGUUUCCAUGGCUGAGCAGCUGCAUGCAAGCUUCACAUCACCAAGUACAAUGGCAAGCGUCAGAUGGAGUGGUGUAAAGCACGCCGCCAAUGGACUCUGGCAGUGUCCCAACUGUGGUGGAGGAGGGAUAAUUGUAUGGGGCUGUUUUUCAGGGGUUGGGCUAGGCCCCUUAUUUCUAGUGAAGAGAAAUCUUAAUGUGUCAGCAUGCCAGACAUUUUGGACAAUGCUAUGCUUCCAACUUUGUGGGAACAGUUUGGGGAAGGCUCUUUUCUAUUCCGGCAUGACUGUGCACAAAGCAAGGUCCAUAAAGACACGGCUGGAUGAGUUUGUUGUGGAAGAACUGGCCCGCACAGAGCCCUGACCUCAACCCCAUAGACCACCUUUGGGAUGAACUGGAACAGAGAUUGUGAGCCAUGCCUUCUCGACCCACAUCAGUGCCUGACCUCACAAAUGCUCUAAAAAGUUCCCACGGAAACACUCCAAAAUCUUGUGGAAAGCCUUCACAGAAGAGUGAAAGCUGUUAUAGCUGCAAAGGGGGAUCAAUUCCAUAUCAAUGUCUAUGUAUUUAGUAAUUACAGUCCCUGUUGGUAUAAUGGUCAGGUGUUCCAAUACUUUUGUCCAUAUAGUGUAUAUUAGGGGUGUAAUGGUACACGUAUUCAUACAGAAAAUUUUUGCUGCGGGUCUUUUGGUUCGGUAUGCAUGUGUACCGAACGAAUACUGCAUUGUUUUAACCACUGCAUGUGCGGAACUUCUUUGUGUGCUGAAUGUAGUUUCCCAAGGAUGGGAUAAUAUUAUUUAUAUCAACAUACUUUGAUGUGAUUGAUUUAUCCGUGCACAUUAUUAUUAUUUUUUGUGCACUCGUAAUCUUUAAUCAAAAACAUUAACCUCCCCUGCCCCCUCAAACUUUCUUUAUGACGUGUGUCUCGACGGAGGGGACUAAAUAUCCUCCACAACUGACUGCAAACUGGCAUUCAGAUCUGCCUCCAUUUAGUUAGCAACGCCCAACUUCUUACGAUCCAGUAAAUUCCCGAGGACAAAAUCAAGUCCCGUCCUACAUUUUUUUCUCAUUCCAGAAGCUGUUUCACUUGGAUAUACAUCACAUAGGGACAUAUAUAUAUAUAUAUAUAUAUAUAUAUAUAUAUACACACAAUAUAAUUUCUUCAUUACUAUUUCUAACUAUUAACUAAUUUCUAACUUUCAAACUAGUGAUUUUUAGGCAUUGUACAAUGUAGCAAAGUUAGUUUAUAUACUUAAUGAAAAUUAUUAUAAAGUUUUACUGAGAAAAUAUACCUUCUUUUUAUACGCUGUGUCUUUGGCCAAGAGCCUGGAUGGGGGUCCCUGUUGGGUCUGUAGUUGAAAACCCUUGGUUUAGUGAAUUUGCCAUGCUCUUUACUUGGUGAAAAACAACAAAACCUCUCCUGCCACUUCAUGUAUUAUGUUUUUUCCACUUAAUACCCUCUUCCAGGAAAUCUUUGAUUGCUAGCUGGUGAAAUGUUCAUGAAAUCUGCUUGACUGUAAUGGAACAGUAAUAAUUACAGUUGGUGGUACAUGCAUUGGCUGCGGUCUGGACUGGAGGAGUUCUGUCUCUUGCAGACUGAUUUAAUUAACUGUGCGAAGGGACCUGCGGCUUGAAACUGAUUGGGAUCCCGACCUGCCUGAGUAUGAAGAUGUCACAGCGCCUCAUUCAUCUCGUGCUGUCUGUCACUAUCUCCGCUGAGAUGGACGCCUGCUGUAACCGAUCGACGUGUAUUGUGCAGUUUGGCGAGCCUUAAUUUAAUUAAUUUCAUUCUCUACUGAAAAAGUGUGUGUUCAUUUAAUCAUCGGGUGGCUAAUAAAAGCAUUUGUAAAAAGUAAAA